CUCCUCCCUCUCUCAGGACAGUCUCCCACAAUAACCGGCUCUAUAGCAGUUCCUGUGGCUUAUUUUAUCUCGGCGGAUCUCCCCGGUACCGACCCGUACCGGCUGCCCCCCCAUAUCAUUUGAAUCACAGGGACACAAAAGAGAGAUCCGGUCGUGUUUCACUUUCUUUCCUCCGAGGGACCCGUAUCUCUUACAUCUGUUCCCCCGAUCUUUCUUUCUGGACGGCAGGCUGCGGCUGCGUAAAAGCGGUGAGUACCGCUGGUUGCUGCUGUUAUCUUUCUUUCUUCUUCCUCUUGUUAUUGUACAGCGAACAGAUACUGCAUAGAGAUGAAGAUAGCGGGACGCUGGUUGAGGAGCUAAAAUGAGCUCGAGUCUGGUUGUCGUUGGUUUACUUUCAUUUUCUCAUUUUAAAUAGAGCUUUAUGUAGUUAUUAGAUGCACUUCAACCUCACUGUUUUUGUUCUGUCAGAGGGGCGUUACUGUGGGACACACAAAGGCAGCCGCAUGAAGUCAGUGUGCAGAGAGGAUGCAGUGUUUUCCAUCUGAACUGUAACUACAUUAACGCCUGUUGUUGGGGAGUAAAACGAGGAAGAUAACAAUAAGGGACUAAUUGUGAGUGAUGUGUUAGUUACCCUCUCAUCUGCCAUCACCACAUCAUAUUGUAUAUUGUGUAGAGUUUGGUUUCAUUUUCUGCCUUAACCUGAAUUAAAAUAUUUUUUUUAAGCCAGUGUUAUAUUUAAAAAAAAAUUGACAAUGGACUUCACAAUUGCAAUUAAAUGCAUUUUAUUGCAUUGCAUCAACAAACUGCAAACUAUCUGUAUUUAUGACAUGUAUUCUGGUUGCAUACACUGAAAAAAAUUGCAUAAGCUGAAAACAUUUGCAGAAUAAAGGCACAGUGCCAUCUCCAGUGGUUAUGCAUUAUAUAUAAAGUUAGCCCAGCGCUGCGUCUCCCACCCAGCAACACUGUCAACGCUCCCUCUCUCCCAGCCUCUGUUCUCAGCUUACACGCUGUCAGCCUCUGACUAUCUGCCUGACUGAGGCUCACAUGGACAUGGAGUGUGUUUUGACCACGACCUGAUGCUGAAACCCCUUACAUUCAUCAGAAGGCAACAGGAAGCAGAUUACUGAGGGACUAACCACAUGCAACAGUACCACAGCUCUGGGAUUUGACCACCCUCCAACUGUGGACCUCACACUGAAUGAACUUACUGACUGAUUGACUGACUGUCUGACUGUCUGACGGACUGACUGACUUUGGUAUCAUGGAAGAAGAGGAGGAGCUGACAGAAUUGAUUUAACUCACCUAACCUCGCCUCCUUCCUCCUAACUCAGUAUCGAAGACUGAUCGAUGAGGAUUACUGGCUGUCCUCCUGCUGCUGUCCCAUGAUGCAUCUACACAUGUAAAAGCAGGAUCAGCCACACAGAGGGCUGUUUCUAUGGAUACCCCUGCCCUGGGUAGUGUUAAUAGGACUCACUGACAUCCUUACUAUCUGCGCAAGAACAAAAUGCAGUGAGAGAUUAGAAGUGCAUCCCUGCAGCAGAGCACAGCGUCCCAUCACAUCUUUGGAACAGAGAAACAUCUUCAUCAAGUGUCAUGAGGAAAAAGUACAUUUUAGUUUUAUUAAGCACGUACUAACCUCAUAGGUUGUUUUUUAAUGUGGAACAUAGUGGAUUCUCAGCUGCUACAGUAAAAUAAUCUGCCCACACAGGACCAGCAGAGGAGGUGAAGAUUAUGCACAAAGACACUUGGUAGGCCUGAAGGAAAAAUUGUGUUUCUUUUAACCGGCUUGCAAUUCUUGGUUCAGUUCCAAAUUCUGGACCCAAAUCUGGAAUAAGUAACCCUACUGGAACAUAUGGGUGCCCCUCAAACUGCCACUACCUUUUAGCAGACUAGAUUUCUUUACUUCAUUUGGAUAUUUUCUACAAGAUAACGGACAUCUAGAUGCACCAGCUACACAACUAAAUAUCAACUCGUCAGUUAAUGUGCACAAUAUAAACCAAAGCACCUUUAAAUGUGAUAUUUUGGGGAUCCAUCAAGCUAUUUCAAAGUACAUACAACCAUCUAUCAUCUGUCCCUAACACCGGCAGACGAAGCUAUCAUGGCCAGACAAGAGACCCCCCUCUUCCUUCAUGGUUUUGACCUCGGUGGUCACUUUGUUGACCUUCGACCUCUCGGCACAGGUGUAACAGGCCUGGUCCUCUCAGCUGUUGAUGAGCGCACCGGCCAGCGCGUGGCAAUCAAAAAGUUGGUGAUGCGCGAUGCUGUGACGUUGAAGCACGCUCUGCGGGAGGUCAAAAUCGCCCGCCGGCUGCUCCAUGAAAACGUGGUGAGUGUUCACGAGGUUUUGGCGCCGUAUGGACGACCGCUGCCCAGAGACCCGACCCAACUGAGUGCCCUGUACAUCGUGCAAGAGUGCAUGGAGACAGAUCUGGCUCGACUGCUAGAACAAGGACCACUACCCACAGGUCAUGCUACUCUGCUGUUCUACCAGCUGCUGAGGGGACUGAAGUUCAUUCACUCAGCUAACGUCCUGCACAGAGACCUGAAGCCUGCCAACAUCUUCCUCAACACAGACCAACUGCUGCUCAAGAUUGGAGACUUCGGACUGGCCAGGAUAGUCGACCCGCAUUAUUCUCAUAAGGGCUAUCUGUCUGAGGGUCUGGUAACCAAGUGGUAUUGUUCCCCCCGUUUGCUCCUGUCCCCUAACAACUAUACCAAGGCCAUCGACAUGUGGGCCACUGGCUGCAUACUGGCAGAGAUGCUCACAGGACGCAUGCUGUUUGCAGGCGUUCAUGAGCUGGAGCAGAUGCAGCUGAUCCUCGACACAGUGCCGGUGCUGAGAGAGGAGGACAGGCAGGACUUGCUACAGGUGAUACCUUCCUAUGUCAGCCAUGGAUGGAAAGUGAAGAAACCCUUUUCUGAAUUGCUGCCUGAAGUGGAUGCUCAAGCUGUUGACUUCCUUCAGCGUAUCUUGACCUUUAACCCCAUGGAUCGGCUCACAGCUGAGGCAGCGCUGUCACACCCUUUCCUCCAGCAGUACUCCUGUCCUGAGGAUGAACCCACCUCCUCGCAUCCCUUCCGCAUCGAGGACGAACUAGAGGACAGCCUUGUCACCGAGCAGAGCCUCAGCAACAGCAACAGUCAGGCCUCCAGCAUCCACUGGGAAAAGUAUGAGAGCAGUUUAUCAACAGAUGUGUCCUGGCAGCUGUCGGGCGGGAGGUGUCGCUGCAUGCCCCCUGCCCACAUGUCCUCUGACCUAGGAGACACUACAGAGGAUGAGGAGGUGCAGAGAGACCCCCGGGCCAGUUCCACGGCACUGAUAGAGGAGGCACAGGUGGAUCCACGCAAGUAUUCCCACAGCAGCUCAGCUGAACGCUUCCUGGAAAACUCUCCCUCCUCCCUAGAGCGGGCCUGUGGUCUGGGGUAUGGGGAACUGGACUGUGGUCGUUCCUGUGACUACAAAGUGGGAUCUCCUUCUUAUCUGGAUAAAAUUGCCUGGAAGGAGGGCAAGCCUCAACACUACUCAGAGCCUAAGCUGAUCCUGGAUCUGUCUCAUUGGAAGCGUAACACCAAUAGCCUUCCUUUGCCUUCCGAGCCACUUGGUGGCAGCAUGGAGGACCUGAGAGCGAUGAACGAGGAGGAAGCCGUAGAGGAGGAAGAAGAGGAGACCGGGGAUUUAUUCCAAGAGAUCUCUCGCUGGGUGGAAAGCACCCAGUCUCAUCUUCACUCACCCAGUCUUUCUGUGGAGCCAUGUUCACCUUCGGGUUACGUCUCAUCUCCCCCUCUCCCUUUCACCCCGACUGACCUCCCAACUUCAGUUUUCCACUACGGGGAAGUUGUGCAGCAACCAUCAUCUGAAUAUGAUGAAGAUAGACUGAGACCACUUCUUCUUGUCACGUCUUCCUCUAAUUCCCUCCCCUCACUUCUCCCCUCAUCUCCCACCUCUCCACUCCCCCCCCCUCAGUCACCUCAAACACUAUCUUCUCCCGCCUCGACACUUUUUCCUUCCCUAGAAUCUCAACCCCUUUCUUCUACUUCCUCCAUUUCUCAGCCAGUAAAUGAUGACUCCUUGGAGUCACUACCUGUCAAACAAAGAGAGCGGCUUUUCGACCUGGACGUGUUUAUAUCCCGAGCAUUGAAACUGUGUCGGCAGAAUAAGGAGAAAGCAGACGGGAAGAAAGGAAAAGAGGGAGGAUGGAGGGAAGAAAGCAAACAGCCGAACAUUAACCGAAAGGUGCCUAGGCUCCCAGAGCACAGGACUCCUCCACCCCAGACUCCAAACUCUUGAUGCUGAAUUUCAACUUCAGGUCCUCUUCAGUAUAGCAUCAUAAUGGCUGGCACUUCCAAAUGCUCAUAGUGUUUUCAAUAGUACAGAUGAUCUGUGGUUAAUAGUCCUACUUAAACAUUAGACCUAAGUGUUAGCAGUCUUCUUGUUACUAAAGCGACGACAGGCCACAUGCUGUGAAUAAAACCCUCACUUAAAAAAGCAAUUAUGCAGCUUUGUCAAGUGUACUCUCAGGCAAUAAGUGGUUAAAAAGUAUUUGGGUUGAAAAUUAAUAACCAUGCUUAGCAUUUCAAAUAUUAAGUAUUUGUUCAACAUGGGAAUAUUUUUGAAAUAAUCAGCCAAUUAAUGAUUAUGGUAUUUGUGGUUUGCUGUCAAACCUUGACUUGAUAGCGACUAAUUCUGUUAUACAAUUAUCUGCAAUUGACUAAACUAAUAGUUUCCUGGGCUACUGCGUGCUGGAUAACAGUUAUCUAGAGGAGUCACUUUAUUUGAAGUUUGCUUUAAAUGUAUGUUUCUACAAGAUCCCUUGCUGUGUGGGAAUCGGUCAGUUAAUUUCCCAAAAGUCAUACAGUCUUCCGAUGAUGAUGUACACCCAAUAAUGACUAUGACACGUAAAAUGCUGAAUGUAUUAACUAAAGAGAAUCAGUCAAAUGA